GCUUGUGCACACCCGGCUAGACGGAGGGUUACCAUCUCACACACCUCCAAAAGUGGGCUCACGAAGGGCCGGCAUACAGUAUAACUUUCUUUGGGUUCCCGUGAUCGGUCGAGCGGUGCCUCAUCAUGUUGAUGAUAUCGAACAGUCGUCCCAAGAAGCGCCCCUCUGAGGGCAAACGCGAUAGAGAAGGCACGUCGGAAAGAAAGAAGGCUAAUAAACAUUCAAACAGACCUCUCUCCGCACAAGAACACGCAGAGCAAGCGGCGCUCGAAGCCAGCCUCUUUGGUGUCUCCAAGAUACCCGUUACGACUACGAGUGUAUCAAAGGGGAAAAGCAAGCAAGCCAAUGCGGAGCAGCAAGAUGAUGAGGACCACUUUGUCGCUGGGCCUGCUGGAAGCAAUGUCAAGCUCGGCAGCCGUCGAGAGAUGCUAGAGCAAGAAGAGAUGGGAGAGAUGGAUGAUGAUGAGCUUUUCGUUAUUGAUGGCGGAGACAACAAUGAUGCAAAUGUCUUGCCCGGUUCAGGUGCAUCUGCGUCUAGCGCAUCUGAAAAAGAAAAGAUAAUGUCGGACUCAGAAGAGUCUGGCAACGAAAGCGUGGACUAUGAGAUGGACGAUGGCAUGUCCGGGCAAGAAAAGGUUGAAAACGCUGAAGUCGACGCUUUGAAGGAUGAGAGUCAUGUCGACGAUGCCAAAGUGGGCACAAAUGCGUCACUAGAUGGCCACGCUCAAAGACGACGCUUCAAGUCCGUAUGGCGCGACCCUGAUGAUGCCACUUUGCAAAUUCCGCUCGCCGGUCCCUCCGCAAGGGCUGCCGAUGGCACAUUCGUUGGCACAAAACGGCUAAGACGGCUGCGAAAGAGUGCGGAUGAGAUGUCGGUGGACGGAAUCGAAUACGAGCGACGGCUGCGUGAGAUGUUCGAAAAGCUGCAUCCGAAACCGGUCUGGGCGAUGCGGAUGUUCCGAAAACCAGCAGCUCGGCAGACGGAGAUCGAGAAAACUACAGCGGAAACACCUACGAAUGGUCUGGAGAUUCAAGAACAGUCUGGCCCAUCUUUGGCGGAUCUCUUAUCGCAAGAGGAUACCGGUCUUCUUCGACAGCUCAAGUCCAAGACAAAAGCGACGCUUGCACCAGGCACGAUCGAGAUCGAACGCCUGAGGAACGCAAACGAAGCCCAGCCAUUGUCAGACGAGGCAGCUAUCGAAUCGCUAGCAUUCCAUCCUUCGUCCCGCACAUCGAUCCUUAUGACCGCCAGUCGUGACCGCCGGUUGCGAUUGUUCAGCAUCACAGGCGGCAACAGCAACCCUUUGUUACAAACGCUGCACAUACCGGACAUGCCUGUCAAAACGGCCAUGUUCAUCAGUGGCGCAGGCUCAGCAGAAUGGAGCACAGCAAGCAGCAGCAGCGUCCUGAUAAGCGGCCAGCGGCCGUACCUGUACGCCUGGGAUCUCCAGAGUGGUAAAGUUAUGCGCAGCAACCCUUGGCGCGGUGGUGCGGUGAGCGGCUCAGCCGAUGGUGGGGAUCGGGAUCUGAGUCUGGCGACGCCGCAGCCUGCACAUACCGGUGGUUCGCUGGUCGCAUUCAGAGGUCGUGCGGGGAUCGUCCACCUCGCAGACUGGGGCCGGUCGGGCGGCUCUUCCUCCUCGAUCAUCGCUUCCUUGCGCACGAGUGGCACCCUUGCAGGGCUGGCGUGGGAUCGAUCGUACGACCGCAGUCCAGACGGGCGGACGCUUGUCACGCUCAGCACAGGCGGGGAAUUCGGCAUCUGGGACACGCGCAACCUGCGCGCAGAGGUGGUGAAACGCGAUCACGGUAUUUUCGGCGCACAAGGCUUAGAGUGUAGCCCGGAUGGGAGCAGCUGGCUUGUCGGCAGCGAGAAUGGCAUCGUGAGCAGGUACGAUGGAUCCGACCUGCUGAGCAACCCCGGCUCCGUCGACUUCAAUACUGCUUCUGCUGCCGCCGACGACGCGGGCUUGAAAGUCAUUCGCGGAAAGUCUGACGGCGCCAUCUCAAUUGCAGCGUCCAAGACUCUGGAGAACUUGACGACUGCGCUGACGACGAUGCGGUUCAACCCAGACGGACAAGUGAUGGCGAUGGCGAGCCGGAACAAGAAAGACGCGAUGCGCCUCGUGCAUUUCCCCUCUAUGCGCGUGUUCUCAAACUGGCCCACUUCUGGCACACCGCUCGGGCAUGUCACUGGCGUCGACUUCAGUCCAAGUUGCCGGUUUGUGGCUAUUGGGAAUAGCAGGGGCAAGGUGCUGUUGUACAAUCUCAGGCACUACGCCUAGGCCAUAAUUUUGAAAUCACAUUUGAU